CGGCACUUCUCGGCGUAUCCCACUUGCUCACUGCUUUGAUCUUGCUGGGAUCCACCUCAAUGCCUCUCGCUGUCACAAUAUUGGCCAAGGAACACCACACGAUCUAACCAGCACUUGCACUUCGAGAACUUUGUAUACAACUUCUCGCGGCGAAGAGUCUCCAGCACAAUCCUCAGAUGCUCCUUGUGCUGAUCGAUAUCUUGGGAAUAGACCAGAAU